AUGAAUAUUCCGAUGGAUGUGCUGCAAGAGAUACUGUCUCGCCUCGGAGGAUUAAAAGCCAACAUACAUGUUUCUCUUGUCUGCAAGACAUGGCUUGAAGCAGCUGUUUCCAUCAGGAAGUUGCAGAGUCGUCCUUGGCUGUUUUACCCACAAGGAUCAGAAGAUGGAGACUACCUUCUUUUUGACCCAUCACGGUCUCUUACAUAUCAGCUCAAGUUUCCAGAGUUAAAGAACCAAGCAUUCACUUGUUCUAGGGAUGGUUGGUUGGUUGCUUGUGAAAAAAGAUACCUCCGAUUCCUUAACCCGUUCACCGGGGAGCGCAUCUACUUGCCUAAGAAGCCAGGACAUUUCCUAAGCUAUGGCUUAACUUUCUCAGCCGCUCCCACAUCAAAUAAUUGUUGCGUUGUCUCCUUAGUCUUUCAAACUUCGGAUGUUUUCUUUGUGGUUGAAACUUGGCGGCCUGGUGAUUCUGGAUGGGCCACUGUUCAGUUUCUGAAUCAGUCUUAUGGUUCCGGAACUGUAAAAUGCCUCUUCUCCAAUGGUAUGUUCUAUUGCCUCAGUCUCAGCGGCAUUCUCGGUGUUUUCGACCCGUUUGCAGUUGCAACAACCUGGAAAGUUCUUCCAGUGGAGCCCUGUCCCGUCUUUAGUCGUCGUUGCGCUAUAUCCGUGAGGCCAGACUGGCCAGUGUUCAUGACAGAGCAUGAAGGAGACAUCUUUGUUGUGACUACUUGCUGUAAAAACGACAGCAAGCUGUUGGUGUUUAAACUGAACCUUGAACUCAAUCUAUGGGAAGAGAUGAGAGGAGGACUUGGUGGAUUGACAUUAUUUUCAUGUUACGGUGCCACUUUUACAAGAGCUGGUCUCUCAGCGGAGGAGAGGAACAGAGUAUAUACAUCUCGUAUUGGUGAUUAUGGGAAUGUGAGAUGUUUCUCUGUUAGAAUCUUCAUAAACACAUCUCUAUUAUGUCUUUGUACAUGUUUCUAA